AUCCUCUGGAGGUGGCAAGCAUCAGCACGAGGCAAGGGAGUGAAGACUGGCACUACCGGCAGUCGUUUGGCUUCACUGUCGUUCCAAUUUUCCUAUCUAUAUUAUCUAUAUAGUGAGAUACUCACGGUGCACGUUGCAACUACGAGAAUCCUCAACCACAAGCCUAUCCAUUCUCCUAUCCAAAAACUCGCCAUGGGUCAAAUGCAACAAGAUGCGGACGAGUACUUCCGCGUGUGGAAUCCCGAGCAAGCCGAUCCCAAUCACCAGGAGAAGCCUGAAGAGCUGGAGCAACGGAAAGCCGCGCAAGAUGCCCUUUCCAUUCAGUACUACAACCUGGUGACCUCGAUCUUCCAGAAGUCCGGGCGGAUGUGCGGGCACCUGUGCCGACUCUCGCCCAACGAGCCGAUGGCGCAGUCGCUGGUGCGGCACGAGCACUACCUGGCGCACCGGGUGAACAUCCAAGAAGGCGAGAAGAUCCUGGAUGUCGGGUGUGGGAUCGGCAACCCGGCGCGAUCGAUCGCGCGGUUCACGGGGGCCAACAUCACGGGGCUGAACAUCAACGCGCAGCAGCUGCGUCAGGCGCGCCAGCUGACCCAGGAGGCCGGGCUGGGGUACCAGGUGAACUUCGUGGAGCAGAACUUCCUGCACAUGGACGACUUCGCGGCGGAGACCUUCGACGGGGCGUACGCGAUCGAGUCGACCUGCUACGCGCCCGACCUGGUCGAGGUGUACUCGGAGAUCUUCCGGGUGCUGAAGCCCGGCGCGCGGUUCGGGGUCUACGAGGCCCUGCUGACGGACAAGUACGACGAGGCGAACCCCGUCCACCGCGAGGUCAAGACCAACAUCGAGCGCGGCGGCGGGCUCGCGCGCAUCCACACCUCCGCCGAGGCCAUCGCCGCCAUGAAGGCCGUCGGCUUUGAGAUCCUCGCCAUCGACGACCUCGGCGCCCGCCCGGACCAGAUCCCCUGGGAGACUCAGCUGAGUGACCCGACUCUCGAGAAGCAGGGCUGGCUGUCCUUUGCGCUGUUGAGCGUCUUCUUUGCCGCCCGCGCCUCGCCCCUGGUCAAUCGCGGGCUGCAGGCCGUCGUGGGUAAGUUGGAGCAGCUGACGCUUUUCCCGGCCGGGUCGCAGAAGGUCGUGGAUUUGGUGGUCACUAUUCUGGAUGGCAUGUACCGUGGCGGAGCGUUGGGCAUCUUUUCACCCAUGUUUUUGAUCGUGGCGAGGAAGCCGGAGGCAUAGUCUAGUCGCGUUGUUGGAAAGACAGAAGAGGGGCACAAGGAUGGGUCUUGAAUCUGGGUACAAUUUCUUGGAAUGUAUGGAAUGAUUCAUGAAUACCAGUAACUGAGUUGAAUUUGCGUAUGCGAAGUCUCUCUUCUCGGAUAGCCAAUAGGUAAUCAUAACCCGAUGGAGA